GCACGCGCUUCGAAGGCGGCCAGUCAGUCAAGCGAGCACCGUCAGCCGGAACACGUUAACGGAACCGCACCGCUCCUCGCCAUACAGCCGACGUGCGUCACUCGCUCGUUUCAGUGCCAACCCUUGAAAGAACUGAAAGUUCGGUGCUUCGAUGGUUUAAGUGCUUGUGUCCUGCGCGAAAAUGCUGACCUCGAGUAGCAACGCGUCCAACCAGUACCUGAGGCCCGAGUACCUCACGCCUCUGCCCACUACGUUGGACGCCAAAAAGAGUCCCCUGGCGCUUCUGGCGCAGACCUGCAGCCAGAUCGGUGCCGACUGUCCCAACACAAAGCCGCUGCUGCCGCCGCUGGACAAGAGCCACAAAAAGUCCGAGUCGCGGGACAAAGUGUCCCCUGCGACAAACGACAGCAGCAGCAACAGCACGACGUCAGCCUCCAAGUCGGUGGCCAGUUUCAAGCCGUACGAGACGACCAAGGAAGUGGACGUCAGCGGCCGUUGCUCGACGGGCCGCUCCAAGACGCCGCAGUCCUCGAAGAGCGUCACCCCCAAUAACAACAACAACAACACGAUCGUGGCGUCGGCGAACGGUCCGACGACGACCCGCUCGCCGACCACGUCGCCGGCCGCCAGGAAAACGCCCUCCGAGGGCAAGGAGCGGACGAGCCCCGUGAGCAGCAAGGCCGCCGCCUUCUCCAGCCUCAUCACCGGCGAAUCCAAGGACUCGACGCCCUCGGGCUUCAAGCCGAGUCCCCCCAGCAGCAGCAGCAGCGCUGCCGCCCUGGCGGCGGCGGCCGCCGCGGCCGCCUCGAUGCCGCCGGGCUUCCUGGGCUACCCGCACCUGAACGACCUGGCCCUGAGCAGCCUGAUGUUCGGCAAAGCGCACCCUGGGCUGAGCCCCUACCUGAGCUACUCGCGCAUGAAGACCCCGGGGGCCGAGCACCUGAUGCAGGUGUGCCGCGACCCUUACUGCACGGGCUGCACCCUGAGCUCGCACCUGCUCAAAGGUGGCGCCACGCCGUCGUCGACGCCGACGCCGACGACGCCCACGUCGACGGCGUCCACCGCGCCCAGCUGCCCAAGCGGCUGCGUCACCUGUGAUCACCAGAAAGGUGCGGGCAGCCCUUCGUCGGCGCUGGGGGCGGCGGCGGCUCUGUCCCUGCCGCACCUCAACCCCCUGCUCGCGUCGCCGUACGCGUCGCCGCUGUCGGCACACCUUCCCUACGUGUGCAACUGGAUCGCGGGCGACAACUACUGCGGUAAGCGGUUCACCUCGAGCGAGGAGCUGCUGCAGCACCUGCGCUCGCACACCAACCUGACCGAAUCGCUGAGCGCCUCGAUGCAGUCGCACCCCCUGCUCGCUAGUCAUGCCGCCGCCAUGGCUGCCCUGCACCGCACCUACCCCACGCCCCCGCUCAGCCCGCUGGCGGCCGCCAGGUACCACCCGUACUCGAAGCCGCCGCUGCCGCCGUCUCUGUCGGCCGCGUUCCCGCUGCACCCGCACCCUGGCGUGCCGCCCUACUUCUCGCCCUACUCCAUAUACGGCCGUGCAGCGUCCGGAAUGCAUCCUUAAAUCGCUGCGCUCGUCGCGUAGAAAACGGACAGUGAUGAAUGUGAUGACUGACUCUGUGGUUUCCAAGCGUUCCGAAUUUGAUUCAAAUUGUGAUUACCCUUCAAAAAAAUGAAAAUUUAAUUUUUGUUUUAUUUAUGUUUAUUUCUCCGCUUGGAAACACUGGAAAUUCUAAUCUCGAUGGUUCUAGUUGGCGCGAUGCAGUGAUUGAGUGAUAUUCCAGCGGCAGAGCUGGUUCGAUUAAAUUAUUAUCAAGUUGUGAGUGUGAUUUUCAUAUCAUGUCAGGGUACAGAACUCGUUACACGCCCUGAUUAAGAGACUGAUCGUCUGUAAUUCAGCCAUCGUCAUUGUUUCUCUGCACACCCGAUAAUCUGUAGGGUUCAUGAAGCGGGCAAGAAAGAGUAAUGAUAUAUAUAUUUUCAACAAAUUAAGUGCCACACAAUAUUUAUUAUCAGAAUAGCAGCCACCAAGGGCAGCCAGUGAAACAUGUGUGAUGCUCUCUCUCUCUCUUUUUUCCCCGGACGAUCAUUCGUGUUUUCCGAUUCCCCGUUAAUCCAGAUUAAAUAAGUGUCUCUUUUGGAAGAUGUUAAACCAACUAAAAAUACGCUGGCUGCCCUGAAAGCUGAGGCAUUCUCGCUGAAAUGUAAAUAAUAUCCAAAAAGGUUUUGUACAUGUGAUGUACAGAAUUUUUAAUUUGAUAGCUGUCAAGAACCAAAGCCUCCACUUUUUUCCUUAUUUUUCCAUAUCCUAUUCAUCAACACAAAUGCGAAAGUUAAAUUAUCUUUAAAAUAUCUCACAGUGUUCCGAUAUUGAUAAAAAAAAUUGUUGUUUUCGUUUUAGGUGUUUUAAAAAAUUCGUCUCAUGAAAUUUUGUCACCAUUUGUUCCAAUUUUUGAUGUUGAUUUGUUGUUCCUAUUGACAAAACACACAAGCUUCGUAAAAUAAAAAGUUGGUGGACUUAAAACUCAAGAAA